AUGACCGCCGUUCUGAUCCGCUUCCCGCGCGAAGGAGCAUGCCCUGACGUUGCGCCGGCGUUCGACGAUCCGGCUGAAGAGCCGGCUGCAGAGCCCCCGACGGUGGGCCAGGGGGCCGAGGACGAGCGCCAGAGGCCGGCGGGACCGCCGAGCACAUGCCUGGGGCUCGAUGCGGCUGCGGGUGGCCGCCUGCCGUGCUUGAGCAGUACCCGUCUGGAGCCGGCCAACGUCUCCACGCAGGACGCGGGAAGUUUGAUUCUUCGGCUGAAGCUGCCCGCGUGCUGGUCUCUCUCGGGCCUCUCGCUGCGUGUCGACGAGCUCAGCAAGGUGCUCGAGAUUGGCUACGACCCGGCAGGCUCGGCCGGGAGCGGCGACGCUGCACCGAGGAUCUUUUGCCUCCGGGAGUACCUGCCUCUCGGGGCGGCCCUGGAGCUGCCCGCGGAGGUCUGCAAGGGCCUGGCGAAGUUGAUCAGGAAGACGCAGACGCUCAGGAUCAGGCUGCCGUGGAGGCUGUGUGGGCGGCGCCCGCUGUGA